AUGAACACCAUUGGUAAUCCUAGGUGUGCUGUUGAUUCACCUUACGGAGGUAAUGCCCCAACUUUUCCACGAAUCAAUGUUUGGGAUCCAUAUAAACGCCUCGGUAUAAGUCCCUAUGCUUCUGAAGAAGAAAUUUGGGGAUCACGGAAUUUUCUCUUGCAGCAGUAUGCUGGACAUGAAAGAAGUGAAGAAUCAGUAGAGGCUGCUUUUGAGAAACUCUUAAUGGAAAGCUUCAAACAAAGAAAGAAGACAAAAAUUAAUCUUAAAACCAGACUAAAGAAGAAAGUAGAUGAAUCUCCACCUUGGAUUAAGAACUUGCUUAACUUUGUUGAACUUCCUCCGAUGGAAGUUGUUUUUAGAAGGUUUUUCCUCUUUGCGUUCAUGGGUGGCUGGAGUAUCAUGAAUUCUUCUGAGGGUGGACCUGCGUUUCAGGUAGCAGUUUCUUUAGCAGCUUGCAUAUAUUUUCUUAACGAGAAGACAAAGAGCCUGGGUAGAGCUUUCAUAAUUGGAUUAGGAGCUCUGGCAACAGGGUGGAUAUGUGGGUCGAUAUUUGUUCCCCUGAUCCCAACAGUUCUAAUCCACCCGACCUGGACACUCGAACUCCUAACAUCCCUAGUAGCUUACUUUUUCUUGUUUCUUGCAUGUUCUUUUCUCAAGUGAAAUGACUAUACUUGACCUAGGAGUCUUAUGACAUUUAGCAAUUGCCUUUUCUGCUGCUUUUACUGUGUUUUUUUUUUUUACAUUGAAUCAGUAUAUCAGCAAUGUUGGUAAUCUUUUUACAGUUGAAUCGAUUUUGUUUAGAAGA